UGAAUCUCGCGAGAAGGACUUAUUGUCUCGCGGGACCGCGGCUGGCAGACGGGCUCUCGGGCGGCCGUAGCCGGGGAAGAGGAGUUGCAUGUGUCGCUUCAGCUGGCGGUAGUGGCGGGAGCGGAGGCGGCGGAGGCUGUGCGACCGCCUGGGUUUGUGAGAUGGCUGCUGACAUUUCUGAAUCUGGUGGGCAUGACUGCAAAGGAGACCCAAGGAGCAAUACCAAGUUAGAUGCGGAUUACCCACUUCGAGUCCUUUACUGUGGAGUCUGUUCAUUACCAACAGAGUACUGUGAAUAUAUGCCUGAUGUUGCUAAAUGUAGACAAUGGUUAGAGAAGAAUUUUCCAAAUGAGUUUGCAAAACUUACUGUAGAAAAUUCACCCAAACAAGAAGCUGGAAUUAGCGAGGGUCAAGGAACAGCAGGGGAGGAGGAAGAGAAGAAAAAACAAAAGAGAGGUGGAAGGGGUCAAAUAAAACAAAAAAAGAAGACUGUACCACAAAAGGUUACGAUAGCCAAAAUUCCCAGAGCAAAGAAGAAAUAUGUAACAAGAGUGUGUGGCCUUGCAACAUUUGAAAUUGAUCUUAAAGAAGCACAAAGAUUUUUUGCUCAGAAAUUCUCCUGUGGUGCCUCAGUAACAGGAGAGGAUGAAAUCAUCAUUCAGGGAGACUUUACAGAUGACAUAAUUGAUGUCAUUCAGGAAAAAUGGCCAGAGGUGGAUGAUGAUAGCAUCGAAGAUCUUGGAGAAGUGAAGAAGUGAUUUUGAACAUUUGUCUCUAUUUAAUGAUCUGAACUGAGAGUUGAUAUGGCCAAAGGGAGAGAGGCCUUUUAAAAAUAUAUAUAUUUAUGCUACAGUAAAACUGUAGACUACCCUCGCCCUUGGCAUUUUCACUGUUCUGUACAAGGCUGCUUGUUUUUUUUAUUGCCAAAGUCUAAUAAACAGGGGUGACUGUCAUGCUUAUGCAUGAAAUAGAAUUUAGUCAAAUAAAAAUUUUUGGUCAUUUGGUACUGACUUUUCUCUUUCUCUCUCUUUUUAACUUUUUAUUUUUGGAAAAACACUGUAGACUUUUUGUGGAAAGCUUUUCUGUUGAUUAUUUUUAAAUAAUCAUGAUUUAAUCAAAUCAUGAUUUCAAGCUGAGUAAUUUUUUAAAGAAUUUGAAUUUGGCUUCAUCACCAGUAAUAACUCUCCUUGCUUCUUUGGUGUGAUAGUUUUGAGAUGCUUGAGCAUCUAAUAGAUUUUGUGGUUGAAUUUGCUUCAUUGUUACCAACCAAGUCCACUUUCUGGGCACAUUAACAUACUGGUGGUAGUUGUUCAAGUUAUUCUGGAGAUUAUUUGGUAAAGUAUAUUAAAAGCCUUAAAGCCAUCUGCACUGUUUGACCCAGUAAGCCACUUGUUUGACAUUAUCCUAAAGAUAUACUCAAUCUUGCUUAAAACUAUGGAUGACAGUGUUCAUGACGAUGUUACUCAUAUCAGAAAUUUGCAAAUGAUAUAAAUGAACAAUUGGGAAAUGGUUAAAGAAAUGAUGGUAUAUCAUAUGGUAGAAUAUUAUGCAUAUAUUUAAAAAUAUUUUCCAAGAAUACUUGGAAACAUGUCUGGUAAUGUUAAGUAGGAGGCAGACCCCAAAUCCAUUUUACACAUUAUUAUCAUUGUUUUGAGUGGAAGGCUAUUCAGAGAGGCUAAGAAUUCUUAUUGAGGCUAUAAAUUAUGUGAGUAAAAUUCUGCUAACCAAGUGAAAAUAAUAUACCCCCAUGUUCAAUAUAUAGUCUGGGAAAUAGCAAUUGAAACAUGUUUUUCUCACACUAGUGACAAUUUUAAUGAAUGCACUAAAUUAAAUUUUGUUUGUAAUAAAGGUCCUAGGUCAGGUGCUACAAAUUGGAAAGAAGACUCAUGGGAUUUUAAAGUGCUAUAGACACCUUUGAGAAAUUUAGAACCCAUUGUUUAUUGCCCUGCAAAUUACAAUCUUGAAUGAAAGAGUGGUUUUUUAAAAGUAAUUAAAGUCUUAGAAAGAAUGUGUAAUAAAGAUGUGAAUUAAGAAAAUGAAAUUCUACAUUAACUGAAGUUUACUAAAUACGAUUAUCUGAUGAAGCAAAUUUAUCCAUUAAGACCAUUUGGUAUGUGUUAUGUAUGUAUCCUGUUGGUGCUGGAAGAUGUCUCUGUGCCUGUGUCAGCACACGUGACUUCGUGUAAAGAUUCUUAAUGUUCACAGUUCUUUGCAAAUGCAGUUUCAAUCCAUAUAUAGGCAGCAGUGGAUGUUACUGCAGGAAAAUGCAGGAUUAAAAUUGUCCUUGUGUAUAA